UUUCAAAUCGAGCGAUUAAUCGCGACUAAUCGACCUUAUCGGUCCAGCGCACUCGAUUAGGGUCCACGACUCGAUCAGGAAGCCUAAUCGACCGGUCGAGCGACUAAUCGGCGACUAGAGGCGAUUAAUCGCCCGACUAGGGGUAUUCUCGAUCAGGUUUUGUAACUGGGCUAGAUUGUUUGUGGGCCGGUGAGAAAUUGAGAGGCCCAAAGCCCACUAGGGUUAGAACUCAAGAGAGCCCCCAGCGGCCAGCGCCACACAUUCCGUCCCCGUCCGGCCGUCCCGACUCCGAGACUCCCGAUUGCCGCGCUCCCUCCAUUGCCGCCGCUCCCUCCAUUGCCGCCGCCGCCGCCACGGCCUGCCGGCGCCGCGAGCGAGCUCCCUUCUUCCGACCGCUGAUCCGCUCCCCGUCCCGACUCCGAGACUCUCCAGUCCCGACCGAGCCGCGCUCCCUCCAUUGCCGCCACUAGGGUUAGGCCGCCGCUCCCUCCAUUGCUGCCGCCGCCACGGCCUGCCGGCGCCGCGCGCGAGCUCCCUUCUUCCCUCCUCUGAUCCGCUCCCUCCGGCGAGCUGCCCCGACCCGCGACCUCCUUCUGUCGGCGCGCGAACGCGAGGACGGGUGACGGGUCCGGCGAGCUCCAGAGAAGAUGGCUUCGUCGUCCUCUGAUAGUGCGGAAGGGGAGCGGAGGCGCGCUAUGGUGGAGGUUAUAAUGCCCGAAGCAGAUGCACGCAGUGCUGGUGGGAGUGGUGACGCUGCCGACCGUCCUUCAGUGGCUGCCUCCACUGGUAUUGUUGGUUCUUCUUCCUCAACUGCUCCAGAUUCUGCAGCAUAUGCUGAGAAGGCUAUAGCAAAACUGCCGCCACACCUUGCUGCCGAAGCCGUCGAUCCGAAGAGGAAGGCAAAAUCCAAAGACCCGGGAUGGAAAUUUGGGUGGUGGCCUGAUCCAACAAAGAAGGACUUUGUGAAGUGCAUAUUUUGCCAGAAAACUAUUCCUGCCGGAAUCAAAAGGUUUAAGCAGCACCUUUCUGGUGGGAGUGCUGAUUGCAUCAAAUGUGAACAUGUGCCCGAAUUAGUUUCGAGAGAGAUGGAUGCUUACUUGAAGAAGAAUGCACGGAAUGUGGUUGUGUCAAUGCUAUCGGAUGAAGAAGGUGAUGAAGCAGCGGUUGGAGAAGGUGAACUUGAACCUGAACCAAGUUGUGGGGCAAAGGUGAAGCAAGCAAAGAAGAGAAUUGUUCAAUCGGGCAUAACAUCAUUUGUUGUUGCUGCACCAACAAAGCCACAAACUCAAAAGCACUCAAGGUCAGUGAGUUCAUUGCUUUGCAAGUCCCCGGAAGAAGUAGUGGCAGAGAGGCAUAAAUCCAAAACCUCUCAAUCUACUCUUGAGCAUUGCACCAAAAAAGGGAAGGAGGCCAAACAAAUUGUUGAUGACCAUGCCGCUGAUUUCUUUUCUGAGAAUAAUAUUCCAUUGAACGUCAUCAACUCAAGAAGUUGGGAGAUAUUGCUCGAGUCCAUUGGGCAGUAUGGUCCGGGCUACCGCUCUCCAUCAUAUCAUGAGAUGAGGUGCCCUUUGCUUGACAGGGCUGUGGCCAGGACAGCAAUAUUGAGGAAGAAGCAUGAGGAGGCUUGGAAGGAAUAUGGGUGCUCACUUAUGUCCGAUGGGUGGACCGACACAAGGCAACGUCAUUUGAUCAAUUUUCUUGCCAACAGUCCAGCAGGCACCUUCUUUCUUGGUUCUGUUGACGCUUCAAGUCAAGUUGCAAAUGCAACAAUGUUGGCAGAUUUGUUGCAGAAGGAAAUUGAAAAGGUUGGGAAGGAACAUGUAGUGCAAAUAAUCACAGACAAUGGAGCUAACUUCAAGGCAGCUGGGAGGAUUCUUAUGGAAAGGAUUCCACAUUUGUUUUGGACACCUUGUGCUGCCCACUGCUUGGAUCUGUUGCUGGAGGACAUUGGUAAGAUCAAGGAGUUCAAAACUUGCAUCAAUAAUGCAAGGAAGGUGUCCAGAUUCAUCUACAAGCAUGGGAGACUUAUUGACCAAAUGAGAGAGAAGAUAGGUGGAGAUCUUGUGAGGCCAGCUGUGACUCGCUUUGCUACCUCUUUUCUCACUUUGGCAAGUAUGCAUAGGAACAGGAAUGGUUUGAGAAAUUUAUUUGUUAGUGAUGAAUGGCAUAAUACUAAGUUCUCCAAUACUACAGAAGGAAAACAAGUGGAGAAUAUUGUUCUUUCAAUGCCAUUUUGGAAAAAUAUUGAAGAUUGCCUAAGAGCUUCACAACCACUUCUCAUUGCUCUAAGGAUAGCAGAUGGAGAUGAGACACCAGCGGCUCCUGAGAUCAUGGCUGCCAUGGAUGUGGCAAAAAACACCAUAAAGGAAUCUUUGAAGCACAAUCCAAGAUUACUUGCUGAGGUACUAGAAUACUAUGGGAAGAGAUGGGAAAACCAGAUGGAGCAAAAACUCUAUGGGGCUGCCCUAUACUUGAAUGCAGCCAAGUUCUUUGCCAUAAGGGACCAAGACAGGAGACAAGCUGCAAGACUAAGAUCCAUGUUUAAUGAUGUUAUGUGGAAGAUGAUAAGUGAUGAGGAUGAACAAACAAAGAUUAGUAAGCAAGCUGAUGACUACGAAAGGUCCGAAGGAGAUUGCUUCUCAAAGCAAGGAGCAAUAAGAGAUAGAGGUAAAAAAAAUCCUAUUUGUUGGUGGGGUUCAUAUGGUGGCCUAGCAUUCGAGCUCCAAAGUUUAGCAAAAAGGAUUAUUAGCCUUUGUUGUUCUGCAUCUGGGUGUGAACGUAACUGGAGUGUGUUUUCUAAUAUCCAUACCAAAAAGAGAAACAGGUUGGAGCACAAAAGGUUGAACAAGUUGGUGUAUGUUAGCUACAACCGGAAGAUGGAAAAUAGGUUUCAAAAAAUUAGAGAACUUGGUUCCAAAGGAAAGAGAAGCAACCCUCUCUUGCUUGACGAAUUUCAAUGGGACAAUGAAUGGGUCUGUGAAAGUGAUCCGGUUCAUGAAGGUGAUGAUGGUAAUAUUACUUGGAGCAACGUGGAUGAAGUUAUCGGUGCGACGGAAGGUCUCCAAGGUCGACACUUCCCUAGGGCUGCUGCUGCUCAUGCGAGUUCUAGCGCUGCCUCUGGUAGGAUGAUGACAUAUGUUUCUAAGAAGCGUCCAAGGAACCAACCAACUCCAACUCCAACUCCAGUUAUCCCUGAAGAUGAUGACGGUGAUGAACAAGAUGAAGCAAUGGAGGAGGAUGACGAUUCUGCUGCUGCUGGAACUGAAGAGGAUGCAGGCUUCCAUUUGAAUGAUGAUUUACUAGAGUAGAGAUUAGAGAUUUAUCAUAAGCCUGGCCUAGUUGGCUUUUGUUAUGUAUUGAACUAUGUUUUUGGCUUUGUGUUGGACCUGGACCAUUGUUGCUUUAUCCUUCAUUGCUUCUUUAUUAGUUUGGUUUUGUACUU